AUGUUGACAAACUGGUUUGCCCAACCCACAGGCGCCCGCUCCUCGACCGAAGAGCCCCGCGGUCCCGACGGCGACGAUGACACCUCCGUCAUGGAGCCCGACCAGGGCAAUGUCCUCUCUCAUAUCAUCUCCCAGCUGCGCCCAGGAGCCGACCUCAGUCGUGUCGUCCUGCCCACAUUUAUCCUGGAACCCCGCAGCAUGCUCGAGAGGAUCACAAAUUUCAUGUGCCACCCCGAGAUGCUCCUCCAUAUUCCCGAAAUAGAUGACCCUGUCGAGCGUUUCGUUUCCGUAGUCAAGUUCUAUCUGAGUGGUUGGCACAUUCGCCCUCCAGGCGUCAAGAAGCCUUUGAACCCCAUUCUCGGCGAGAUUUUUACCUGCUACUGGGAAUUCGACGACAACAAGCGAGCCUACUACAUUUCUGAACAGACCUCUCACCACCCGCCUAAGUCCAGCUACUUCUAUCUGGCCCCCGACCACCACCUCCGCAUCGAUGGCACCCUUAAGCCCCGAAGUCGGUUCCUGGGCAACUCUGCCGCUAGUCUCAUGGAGGGCAUUGCCUUCUUGACCCUUCUCAACCGGGGCAAGGACUCUGCGAGGGGAGAGCAAUACAUCCUGACACAGCCCAACAUGUACGCUCGAGGUAUCCUUUUUGGAAAGAUGAAGUAUGAGCUUGGAGAUCACAGCUUCGUUCGGUGUCCCGAGCUUGAUCUAGUCGCCGACAUCGAUUUCAAGACAAAGGGCUGGGUUGGCGGUACUUACAAUGCCAUUGGCGGAACGAUUAAGAAGGAGAGCACCGGCGAAAUCUUGUACGAGCUCUCUGGGCUAUGGAGCGAAGAGAUGUUCAUCAAGGACAUGAGAACCGGCCACCGAGAAAUGUUCUUCAAUGCCACGCAAGCAAAGCCCACUUCCCCGGUAGUACGACCAAUUGUGGAGCAGGAGGAACGAGAAUCACAGCGACUCUGGGAGAAAACUGCCAAGGCGGUCAAGGAGCGGAAUCACGAACUCGCUACCGACGAGAAGACCAAGAUUGAGGAUCGCCAGCGUGAAGAAGCCGCGCUAAGAGCUCAAGACACGGUUGAGUGGCACCCUCGAUUAUUCCGCCGCGUGAGCGGUGGCCCUGGUGGCCUAGAAGAAGGAGAGGAAGACCUCGAAUGGGUCAUUAAUGCUACGAUCGAUAAUUCCGCCACUCCAGAGAAACAGGCCGAGCAAAUCAUGUCUAUUUUCCCCAUCGUCAAGGGCCAAAAGCCUAACCAGCGCCAUCUCAUCCCUCCCCACAGCCCUACAGCCGUCGUCGACAAGCAGCUUGGACAUUUCGAUGGCCGCGCCACACUCGAGAAGCCUAACCCUGAGGGGGUGAAGGCACAGAAGGAGCAGCCGCAGGAUAACCUCAUUGAUUUCGACGAGGCACCCGCAUCGCAACCCGCCCAACCCGCUGAGCAGAAUGCUAUCAAGCCCACGCCGAGCGAGGUCGAGAUUCAGAACAUGCUAAAUUCGACGGGAAAGGCAGCUGACGGACCCCUCAUCGACUUCGUGGCAGACCUCAAGAAGGACCUACCCGUGGACACGAAACAAUAA